AUGGGCAAAUCAAGACUUGGCUCGACACCGUUCAUCAAGACAGGAAAGUGGUUCUUGAACCUUCGGUGUUCGGUCUCCGUUGCUGGAGAAGUGAAUGCAUGGAGCUUUCCAAAUCCGCGGCCGCUAAUCGUCACGCAUGGCGGGGGUACCGUCCGUGACCUCAUUGAGGCCGGCUGGAUAAAGCAUGAUCACAGCCGUAUCAAAUACAACGAAGUACUACUCUACACCGUUGUACGCCUCCUCACCAGCACCUACAUCACACGUGGUCACGUCACCAUCAAAUCACAUAACGCAGCUGUCCGCGAACAGCCGGUCAUGAGCUAUGGUUGUGGAGACGUGCGUGGGGGCCUGCAUACGUCGGAUGUUGAGAAGAUUUCCGUCCGUUCUGCAGUUGAUGCGGAUCCCUGGACACUCUCCACGGUAGGCAACCAUCAGCAUGACAGAGAACAUGAGACUGAGGUGGGUACACGCGAGGAAACAGCCCUGCGUCAUUCCGUUGGUCAUUUCGGAGGCUUCGGAAAUCAGCCUGUUGUCCGUGACUGA